AUCUUUCUCUGACAGCAGAGCACAGACACCAUGGCGCAGCCCUCGGCGGAAGACGACAGGGACCGAAGAGCUGAUCUAGAGUUGGACGAGGCCAAGCUCGCAUCGGCCACCGCCUCGGAGCAGGGUGAAGUGUACCUGCUGCAGUGGUUGUCCAAGGCAGAGCGGGCGCUGGCGACGUUGGACGAUGCCGCUAUUGCCUCGAUGCAGACCAAGGUUGAGGCGACCUUGGUCCGACUCAUCACCCAGUCUGCCCCUUCUUCGAACCUGGGGAGCAAUGGAGGCGCAAGCGCCAGUGGGACGAGCGCAACCGACAACGGAGCAGCACUGCCGAGAAUAGGGCGGCCGGCUCGGCACAUCAUCGCGCGCUGCCUCGUCCGGCUAUUCGAACGUGGGGACUCGCGCUCCCUCUUUGACGUCUUACAAUCGCUCAUGCGGGUCGCCUCAGCCGAUGACGCAAAGGUGGAAACCAAGGCAGCGGCUUUCUACGUCGCGGGCCAGAUCUUUGGCAGCUCCGGCCACCUCGUCAUGUCUGUCUUUGUCGACCUGGCUGCCCUGUGCCAGCGCACAUUCAAGCAGCAGUCAAACGUACCCCUCGUUCGCUUUCAUGCGCUCCUCUGCCUGUCCAAAGUCAUUCAGAAGAGCGGCAAGGCGCUGCAGGAUACGACGGCAAAGGACCUCAUCAAGGCGCUCAAACAGGGCCUCGGUGACCGGGCCGGUGCGGUCGCUCGGGGAAGUGCAGAGUGCAUUGCAGCUUUGCUCGAGCACACGUCAUUCCUAUCGAACAAGGCCGAGAUUGAGAGCGUGGUGGCUGUUACGACAAAGGCGAUCGAGACUGUUGACUUUGUCACGAUGAGGAGCCUCUCGAGGCUCUGCGCCCUUGCGCUGGCACACACGCAGCGUGAAGAUGUCGCUCUGGCCGCGGUCGCGAAGCAGGCGCCAAAGAAAGCGGCAAAGGCGUCCAAGAAGAGGGAAAAUGGCGACAGCUCCGAUGAAGAGGGCUUACCAUCGCAGAACGACGUCCAUGCCGCCGCUUCGUCGACGACGGCAGAGGGAGGCACCACCUUGACGCUCCUCUCAUCCAAACAGAUGCUCGAGCUCAUUGUGCUCAAGUCAUCCAUGACUCGCAAGGCCAGGGCAGCGCUCCUGGAUGUGCACGCGACGCUGUAUGCCCUCCUUGGUGUGAGCUGGGUGCAGACGCACUACGAGGUCAUCGUCAGACAUUUCGUCGAUGAGUGCUACCUCGAUCGCGCAGCUCGGACAGCAGCUAGCUUGAUCCUUCGAAAGGUCAUCGGCGAGAGGAUGCUGGGCGAGCAGGCACAGGUUUCAGCGAUCCAGACAAUUUGCACCGCCUACCUCAAAAGAUGGCCGGUCCUCACUCCAGGACAGAGCAGCCCGUCAAAAGUGGCGCUGGCUAUGGGUCUGGACGAAUGUGCAGGUCUGCUCCAGCAGCUGGGGAGUGCACCGUCCCAAGUGAUUGAGGCUAUCCAUGAUCCUCUGCUCCGGCUCCUGGGACAUCCAAGCUACCGGGUUCAAGUCAGCGCAGCGUGGUGUCUUCGCACUCUGUGCUUAAUCAGCCCGCUGGAGCUCGGUCCAGCCAUCAAAGCGCUCUUUGGCCUCAUCGAGAAAGACCUGGCAUCGCUCAACAAUGCUGGCGAGCGUGCGGGAGCAGAGGUGCCAAGGCGAACGACGGGCCAUGCGAGGGGACUGGCUGCAGCUCUGAGCGUCGUGCCAUUGCGACCGUUGUACACGUCCUUUGACGUGAGCGGGCAAGCUCUCGAGCUGUCAAUUCGAUUGCUCAAGGAAAGCGCAGAGCACAGUCUCGCCAUCUCGGCUGUCGAGAUCGAAGUCGCCUGGACGCUGAUUGGCGCCCUCAUGUCGCUCGGACCCAACUUUGCCCGACAUCACCUCAAUCAGCUACUCAACAUGUGGCGCAGCGCCCUGCCAAAGGAUGGAGGGGCCUCUUCGCAGACGCCUAGAUCGGAGAACGAAUGGGGGUUUCUCCUCCACGUUCGAGAAUGCACCCUCACAUCCAUCUACUCCUUUCUCUCCCACAACACAUCGUCGUCCGACUCGGCUCUGACCCUCGACACUGCGCGAAGGAUUGUGGCCAUGCUCACGAACGCCCUUUCAUUUGUCAACUCCUUCACGUCGACGCAUUCCCACCUCGCCCAAGAACAGGUGCCCGGCGUUGAGAGGAGCUCUAUCUCGCUCUUGGAUCGCGAGCACAUGGUGAGGAGGAGGGUGCUCCAGUGCUUCAAUCUCUUGGCUGCAUCGCCGGCCUUGGAAGGGAUGCAAGACAGUCUGGUCGUUGCCUGCAUCCAAAACAUGGCCGAGCCUGACAGAUACGUUGGAAGCGCAGCCCAGGCUGCCAUUGCUGCCAGCGCAGGCAACUUCUCUACGGUGUGGGCAUUGACGGACGGCUAUGCCUUUGGCCUCACGAGCCUGCAGAGGGACGGCGAAUGCCUCGUCAGGGCAAGUGGCAGUGAUUCCGACAUUGACACCGAAACCUCUGGUCUCAAUCGGGAUGCCAUUGAGGCCCAGCUCGAUGCCUUGGGUCGCCGUCCGAUCAUGCGCGCGGCCGAGUAUGACGCCUCGAACGUCUACGUGCAACGAUCUCGAUUGCCUCCGCCACCUGCAACGGGCGUUGUCGACGCUUCCAUUGAGCUCCUGGCCGCUCUAGUCCCAUUUCAGAGGAGAGAAACGCAGAUCUUUGCCAUCGAGGCGCUCUUGUCCCACACGAGGACUCAGCGACUGGACAAGAACCCUGGAAGACGGAUGGCAAUACGCAUCAACGCCUGCACUGCUGUCCUUGCAACGUUGCGCAUCGCUCAGAGCGGAAAGAGAUCGCCCUCAGGUUUCAACAACGAUCGCCUGACGACGGCUCUGAGAGAGCUGCUGCAAGAUGCAUUGGUGCAGGGAGACCCAUGGCUCCGCUUUACCGCCAGCGAAGCCUUUGGCAGGCUGGCUGCCAUUGCCGGUCCUCACUGCAUGUCGAGCCAGGUCCAAUUUCUCGUCGAUCAGGUCGUCAACAACCGCGAUCCAGAGGCGAGAGCCGGAUGUGCUCGCGCCUUCGGGGCCGUCUACAGCUCCGUUGGCGGUCUCGCUGCGGGACCGCUGACAAAGACGGUUGUCGAUGUUCUCCUUUCUUUAUCCAACGAUCCACACCCCACGGUUCACUAUUCCGCCCUGGAAGCCCUCACGAUGGUCGUCGAGGCCGCAAGUCUGAGCUACAGCGCCUUUGUCUCGAGCACGCUGGGAAUGCUCGCUCGUCUCUACAUGCUCUCGACACAUGAGCCCGAAGGGGGAAGCCCAGGCUCCGUCAACCUUCGCGCCGACCUUCCGGCUCAUCAAGCCAUUUGUCGUGUUCUAGGCGCCAUCACGGCCGUUUUGGGUCCCGAUCUGGCUGAAUCUAGCUCAGCAAAGAUUCGAAGCCUGAUCCAGGUUCUCUUGUCGGAGCUGUCCAAGGAGGAGUCAGAUGACGGCGUUGUGGUUGAGGCGACAAAGGCCCGCCAGACCCUGGCUCUCUUUUCGCAACAACACGUCGAUGUCGUUGAGUGGAUCUCGGCCCUGAGGAGUCAUAUCCGCCACGCCAAGCGUCCCUUAAAGGUGGCCGCCGUCAAUGCGCUGUACCAAUUGAUCCAAAGGCAGGCUUUGACCGUGUCGAAAGUCGGAGGAGACGGCCUGGUCGAGGAUCUGUUUGGUCAGCUCGACAAGGAGCCUGGCAUGGAUGGCGUGAGAGAAGUUCUUCUCAGCUGGUUGAAGCAAACGGCCGCGUUGAGCCCUGGAGGCUGGAUUGACCUAUGCCAGCGCAUCAUGAGCAGGACUUCGUCUGCGAAUGAGAUCGGUGGCGGAAUGGCAGCCGCCGGUACAGGCAAUGAUGCAAAGGCUCAAGGGUUCCAAGACGAAGAGUCGGCGGCCAUCAAUCUGGGUGGGACAUCGACAAGGGCCGGUGCCCAACCUUCUCGAUGGAGGACUCAGCUUUUCGCGCUCCAGUGCCUGCACGAAGUCUUUGUCUCUGUCCGACUCUCUGGUCGACUGGAGCAUUUCGACACGCCGAAAGUGACCUCAGGGCCGACGAGGACGGGCCAGCAGAUGAGCGCACGGGUGGCUGAUCUAAUCAGGAUGGCUUUCACAGCUAGCACGGCACCCAAUGUCGAGGUGCGCCUCGAGGGUCUGACAGUGCUCAGGGACGUGAUCGACAACUUCAAAGCGGCUCGAGACCCCGACUUUCAAGAAGCACUCCUGCUGGAGCAGCAUCAAGCUCCCAUCGCCGCUGCUCUCACCCCAGCAUUUCUCAGUGACAGCACGCCAGAGGUCCUUGCCGCCGCCGUUCAGGUCUGUGCUGUCUUUGUGGGCUCUGGCGUCGUCAAGGAAGUGGACAAGCUAGGGCGGAUUCUGCGCCAGCUCACGUCAGCCCUGGACAGCUGCCUGAAGCCGAGCAUGGAUGGUCUGGGCGACGUCAAGGGGCUAGCCAAGAAUGCUGUGUCGAUGCUGCGAAUCGCUGUAUUGGCCGCGUGGAGCGAGUUGCAAGUGGCCAGCGUCGGUCAGGAGUACCUCGUCGCCGUCAUCGGUCCGCAUGUCGACGACUUGGCCAGGGCGUGGGUGGCGAGCUUGGCAGAAUACGCGCGCUUGCGAAACGACGCCGAGGGCGUGGCUAUUGUCACGGCUGCUCCAUUUGUCAUUCAAGGCCAGGAGGACUCGCAAUACUCUGGUCUUACGAGGCAGGUCUUGCUUCCCCACUUUGACCAGGCUUGGUACAAGCUUCUCCACGCAGUUGCUGCCUUGAUGGCCAAAGAUGACAGCUCCGUCAUUGCCGCCCUUGACGGCGCAGCGCCAGGAGAAGAGGUCGCCAAGGGCAAGGGAGAGGACACCACCUCCUCGUUUCGAAACGACCCCCGGAUCCAUUUCUACGCCCUUUAUGGCCUCGCAUUCGAAUCCAUGGCCUCUCGAGGAGGCGGCAGCGGCGGGCCAGCAGUUGUUGGAAUUGCACUCCUAGCAAUGCGUCACCUUAUUGCGGCAAAGUACGCUGGGUCAGCACUGCUGCAAGAUGAUGUCUUCGGCGAGCUUCUCAAUCUCGCCUACCGCCUCGUCAUGUCGGAACCGGCUCUGGUCCAGAUCAGAGUCGUGGACCUCAUCGCAGCACUGUGCUCCAGCUACGGGCAGCGGCUCCUCGAUGCACAGGCCGAGCCGAUGAACAGCAGCAGCGGCAUUGGCUUUCCUGAAACAGCAAAGGCGACCAGGUGUUUGGAGCUCAUCCUGUACGCCCUCGAGAAUGCUGGCAAGCCUUUCUUGACAGCCUCGGCUUCUGAUGACAAGGCAGCUUUGGCAAGGACGUGCCUGUCGGCCUAUCUCGAUCUCGCAGCAACCAUCUUCUCGCGAGGACAAAGGAUUGAGCUGUAUGCAUUGGCUUUCCAGGCUUACUCGCAGAUGCUCCGUGACGAGAAGAGUGAUGCGGAUCUCGUUGGGACCAGCUUGGCUUCUCUCAAGGAGCUUUGCCAGCGAGCUGCCACCUUGGCAGGCGAGAUGGACAACGAAGAGUCUUACAGCCUUGUUCGGAGAACCUUGCACGGCUUCUUGUCAUCUGCCGUCGACGGAGUCGAUGAGAUGAGGGCACGAUCAGGAAAGAUUGCAACGCUCAAGACGAAGAACUCAAUCUUGGCAGUCACCGUCGUCCUCACCUCUCUUCCGGAAUCUUGUUCUGGACCAUCCAGGGUGACGGUCAGUAAACCGGUCUUGGAACAGUUCUGUUAUCAGCUGCUCUACGCUGCCACGACGUCGCCGGACACGAUUGUCAGAAGCACUUCGCUCAAUUGCCUACGGACAAUCUUCACUAGGCCCGUUGGUACGGCCCCAUGGCUGCGAUAUUGCGUCGGCCAACUCCUACCCGGUGUUGUGGCUUUCCUGGCGUCAUCGCCAUCGGAUACCAAGCCAAAGCCCAGCACAGACGAGGAAGUGAAGGAGUCGGAGGCUGCAGAGGACAGUAUUAGGGAGGAGCUCGUCAAGGCGCUCGUCGGUCUGGUCUCUUCACAAGCCGAGAGCUUCACCAGGCCACGGCUUCUCGGGAUUGUCCUGCCCUGCCUCGUACUCAUGGCAAAGGACGGAAAGGGCAGCAACAGCUCCAUUUCUCAACAUGUGUUGGCUUUGGCCACGCUCGAUCAGGUUGCAUUCAGGCUUGUGGCAAGCCGGAUGGACGCAGAGACCAGGGCACAGCUGGAGAGGAGUCUGCGAGGCGCCGUCCAGGCGAGGCCGUCUGCCAGCAGAUCCUCCUCGCAGCAACAGCAGUCUCAGCAACAGCAGCAGCAACAAGAAGCCAAGUCGAUCGCACUGCGGAGCUUUGGCUAGGUGGCUUGCGCCCUACGAUUGUGCCUACUGUUUUAUCCGAUCGCGGACUAGCAAAUAUAAUCCUGAACCCCCCCUGCUUUCUUUUUUGCUUCCGUUUGCGCAUAGACGCCUGCCUCAUCGGCACAGGACUGUCAAUUGACGAGCGGCCCCCUUGAGAAGCGAGCCGACGUAAUGAAGCCCAGACGGCAUCAAGAGCGGGGGAUCGUGCCAUUUGAUAGUACUUCAUUUCCUGGUCCGCACUCUUCCAGUGUUUUGCUAAUAGCCACGGCCAGAGCAGUAAUAAGACAGCGAUGU